AUAAUACAAUGAUAACAUUUUCUAGCAUAGACUUUUCAGUUUCAUAGUUACAAAAUUUUAUAUUUUAAUUUUUGAAUAACUGAUGUUGAGAUAUUUCUUAUUAUAAUAGAGCAGUUUUAAAUAUUUCAUAUAUUCUAAAGUAAAAAAUGGCCCAUAUACCCUUUGAGAUAAUAACUCAUAAACGACAAGUCUGCUCACUUUACAAAAAAGCUUGCAGAACUAUUGAAGAUUGGGUUCAUUAUAGACCUUUGAUGCGAAUUAAUGUAGUACGCCUGAGAAAACGUUUUGAUGAUAAUAAGAAUAUAAUUGAUGUAGUUAAAGCACAAGAAUUAUUGAAAAAAGGUCAACAUGAACUAUGGGCAAAUCAACAUUAUCAGCCUCAUCAAUUUCCGUCAUCACCAGGAGGUACAGCUUUUGAACGUGACUGUUUCCCGCCAGAUUGGGUAGUGGAUAAUUGGCAUCCAUUAGAAAAAGCUCAGUACCCAAAAUACUUUGCAAAAAGAGAAGAACUUAAAAAGGAAUAUAUAUCUUUAUGGGAAAAACGUUGGGGAAAACCUUUUAUCCCACACGAUGAACAUUAGAAAUCUAAGUAUUUAGUAAUGACAUCAAUUAAUAAUUAGAAUGAUGUUUUCAAUAAAAAGUCUUGCUGUAUAAAAAUCAUAAUUUAGAUUUUUACUUUA